GAACCGCCAGAGGAGGCCGCCUGGAGGCUCGCCAGGGAGGCGGAGGCACGCAAGCAGAAGCAGGAAAAUGACGAGCCAGACGAGCCAGACAAGGACAAGGACGAGCCAGACGAGGCCAGGGUGGCGGAGGCCCCCGCCGCGAUGAAGGCGAGCAUCCUCCUGUCCGCUGCAGCAAGGACGGAGGCCAGGCUGGAACGCGACCAGAAGAACUACGGAGGCGAGCCUGGCAGGAAGAGGAAGGCGAGGCAGGGCGGCGUGGGGAGCAGGGAGAGGCGCACGCUGGAGAGGGCCGUCCUGCAGGAGGCGCGCAGGCACCUCGCGGCCUGGGAGGACGCCUGA